AUGUUUUAUUUCCACUGUCCCCCGCAGCUGGAGGGUGCCACGCCCUUCGGCGGCCCGUCCGCGGCGGACUUCGACGACGGCUUCUUGAGGCGGAAGCAGCGGCGGAACCGGACCACCUUCACCCUCCAGCAGCUGGAAGCCCUGGAGGCCGUGUUCGCGCAGACCCACUACCCCGACGUGUUCACCCGGGAGGAGCUGGCUAUGAAGAUCAACCUCACGGAAGCCCGCGUGCAGGUCUGGUUCCAGAACAGAAGGGCAAAAUGGAGGAAAACAGAGAGAGGCGCUUCAGACCAAGAAGGACCCAAGGAGACGAUGGCUGAGGUGACACCCCCAGGAAGGAAUUUAAACUCUCCCUCUCCAGUUGACCAAACCAGGAAUAAGAAGGAGAGCCUGGAGAUUCAGCAGAGCCUCAGCCGAGCCGUCGGUCCCUCGGGGCCCUUUUUCCCCUCGUGUCUUCCAGGGACUCUCCUCAACACAGCCACCUACGCCCAGGCUUUGUCGCAAGUUGCGUCCCUCAAAGGUAGCCCGCUGUGCUCUUGCUGUGUUCCCGAGCACAUGGGCCUCUCCUUCCUCCCCACGUACGGCUGCCAGAGUAAUCGCACGGCGAGCGUGGCGGCCCUGCGCAUGAAAGCACGGGAGCACUCGGAGGCUGUGCUGCAGUCGGCGAACCUCCUGGCCUCCAGCAGCCCCACUCCAGCCUCGGGGGCCAAGCCUGGCGCGGAGAACGCCUUGGACAACAAGCCGUCCGUGGCUGUGGAACAGAACGAAAGCGAGAAGAGUGUUUGA